AUGUGCCAUUAUGAAUCACAUAUUAUUGAAACAGAAAAAGGGUCAAUAAAUGUAUAUUUUGAAAAACAAAGCAAGUUAUAUUGUUUAGUUCACACUGCAAACAAUAUUUUGCAAGGUCAUGUGUAUACACCCAAAGAUUUUAAGGAAUAUGAAAGUAAGCUGAGUUAUACUAAUGAUGAAACAUUUGAAUUAAAUAGUAAUGAAAAUGAUAAAAUUGACAACUCAGUUAACGCACAAUCUGUUGAUUUGAAAACAGAAGAUAAGUUAAAUUAUAAUAACUUCCUCUCUUAUGUUAAAAGUGGCAUUUAUUAUUUUGGAAAUUUUAAUAUAAAUAUUUUAUAUUUCUUGAUGAAUAAGCAUAAUAUUGAGUUAACCUGGGUUGAUAAUAAAGAGAUAUUUCAAAAAGUAAAUAAUGACAGCAAAAACUGCUACACAAUUUUUGAUGAUAAUCAUUUAAAUAACAGAGAACUAAUUGCAUUCAUAAUAAAUAUUGUUAAAAUAAAAUUUUUUGAUUUAUACCACCAUAGGCAUUUUUACACAAUAAGAAAAAUUUCAGGAAUGUGGUUCAAACUGGAUUCAUCCCUUAGCAAACCGGUGUUAUUUCCCAGUAAUUUUGAUUUAAAUGAACAUUUAAUCAGUAUUGUAAAAGAUAAUAAAUUAUAUAAAUCUGACAAUUAUAUUAUACAAGUUUUUAAAAAGGGAAAGAAUAAUUUCAAAUAG